GGAUGUUAUUCUAGUUUUGCCGGAUGUUGUUUUAUGUCCGAGAGACACGUGAGGUUCUGCUACGUCAUUACCAGGCACGCGCAGAAAACAUGGCGGCGGCGGGUGUUGUGAGCGGGAAGAUUAUAUAUGAACAAGAAGGAGUAUAUAUUCACUCAUCUUGUGGAAAGACCAAUGACCAAGACAGCUUGAUUUCAGGAAUAUUACGUGUUUUAGAAAAGGAUGCCGAAGUAAUAGUGGACUGGAGACCAUUGGAUGAUGCAUUAGAUUCCUCUAGUAUUCUCUAUGCUAGAAAGGACUCCAGUUCAGUUGUAGAAUGGACUCAGGCCCCAAAAGAAAGAGGUCAUCAAGGAUCAGAACAUCUGAACAGUUACGAAGCAGAAUGGGACAUGGUUAAUACAGUUUCAUUUAAAAGGAAACCACAUACCAAUGGAGAUGCUCCAAGUCAUAGAAAUGGGAAAAGCAAAUGGUCAUUCCUGUUCAGUUUGACAGACCUGAAAUCAAUCAAGCAAAACAAAGAGGGUAUGGGCUGGUCCUAUUUGGUAUUCUGUCUAAAGGAUGACGUCGUUCUCCCUGCUCUACACUUUCAUCAAGGAGAUAGCAAACUACUGAUUGAAUCUCUUGAAAAAUAUGUGGUAUUGUGUGAAUCUCCACAGGAUAAAAGAACACUUCUUGUGAAUUGUCAGAAUAAGAGUCUUUCACAGUCUUUUGAAAAUCUUCUUGAUGAGCCAGCAUAUGGUUUAAUACAAAAAAUUAAAAAGGACCCUUAUACGGCAACUAUGAUAGGAUUUUCCAAAGUCACGAACUACAUUUUUGACAGUUUGAGAGGCAGCGAUCCCUCUACACAUCAACGACCACCUUCAGAAAUGGCAGAUUUUCUUAGUGAUGCUAUUCCAGGUCUAAAGAUAAAUCAACAAGAAGAACCAGGAUUUGAAGUCAUCACAAGAAUUGAUUUGGGGGAACGGCCUGUUGUUCAAAGGAAAGAACCGGUGUCACUGGAAGAGUGGACUAAGAACAUUGAUUCUGAAGGAAGAAUUUUAAACGUAGAUAAUAUGAAGCAGAUGAUAUUUAGAGGGGGACUUAGUCAUGCAUUGAGAAAGCAAGCAUGGAAAUUUCUUCUGGGUUAUUUUCCCUGGGACAGUACCAAGGAGGAAAGAACCCAAUUACAAAAGCAAAAAACUGAUGAAUACUUCAGAAUGAAACUGCAAUGGAAAUCUGUCAGCCAGGAACAAGAGAAAAGAAAUUCGAGGUUAAGAGAUUAUAGAAGUCUUAUCGAAAAAGAUGUUAACAGAACAGAUCGAACAAACAAGUUUUAUGAAGGCCAAGAUAAUCCAGGGUUGAUUUUGCUUCAUGACAUUUUGAUGACCUACUGUAUGUAUGAUUUUGAUUUAGGAUAUGUUCAGGGAAUGAGUGAUUUACUUUCCCCUCUUUUAUAUGUGAUGGAAAAUGAAGUGGAUGCCUUUUGGUGCUUUGCCUCUUACAUGGACCAAAUGCAUCAGAAUUUUGAAGAACAAAUGCAAGGCAUGAAGACCCAGCUAAUUCAGCUGAGUACCUUACUUCGAUUGUUAGACAGUGGAUUUUGCAGUUACUUAGAAUCUCAGGACUCUGGAUACCUUUAUUUUUGCUUCAGAUGGCUUUUAAUCAGAUUCAAAAGGGAAUUUAGUUUUCUAGAUAUUCUUCGAUUAUGGGAGGUAAUGUGGACCGAACUACCAUGUAAAAAUUUCCAUCUUCUUCUCUGUUGUGCUAUUCUGGAAUCAGAAAAGCAGCAAAUAAUGGAAAAGCAUUAUGGCUUCAAUGAAAUACUUAAGCAUAUUAAUGAAUUGUCCAUGAAAAUUGAUGUGGAAGAUAUACUAUGCAAGGCAGAAGCAAUUUCUCUACAGAUGGUAAAAUGCAAGGAAUUGCCACAAGCAGUCUGUGAGAUCCUUGGGCUUCAAGACAGUGAAGUUACAACACCAGAUUCAGACGUUGGUGAAGACGAAAAUGUUGUCAUGACUCCUUGUCCUACAUCUGCAUUUCGAAGUAAUGCCUUGCCUACACUCUCCGCCAGUGGAGCCAGAGAUGACAGCCCAACACAGAUACCGGUGUCCUCAGAUGUCUGCAGAUUAACACCUGCAUGAUCACUCUUCUUGCUUUUUUGGGAAGAGACACUUUGUUGCAACUCUUUGUUUUCAAGUACUUGAAAGUUGAAAAUUUAAAAUCUUGGUAUUGAUCAUGCUUUAAGAUUUAUGUAAAGAAAGUGUACUGAUGUUCUUACAUUAAAGCUUUACAAAGAUUUAAACUAA